GAGUUGGAUUGGAGUAUGGAAAAAUCAAAUAGAUUGGGACUCAGCCGUCCCUAUGAAUAUACACACGCAGUGGAAACAAUUCAAAUCGCAGCUGCCCAGCAUAAACGAGCUGAAGAUUGGAAGGUUCAUCUUUUCUGAAGCAAAUGCGGAAGAAAUACAAUUACAUGGAUUUGCGGAUGCCAGUCAAUCAGCGUAUGGCGCGUGUUGCUAUAUUAGGACUCGAAACAUAGCUGGAAAUUACGAAACUAAGCUAUUGAUAUCAAAAUCAAGAGUGGCUCCGAUGAAGGCGGUCUCGCUUCCCCGCCUUGAGCUUUGUGCGGCAGUAUUGUUGGCUCGAUUACAAGAAAAGGUGAUCAAGUCCAUAAAAAUUCCAAACAUCAAGAAGUUCCUAUGGACUGACUCGAUGAUAGCACUGUCCUGGAUAAGGGCCUUCUCGCGCAAAUGGGAAAUAUUCAUAGCCAACCGAGUUGGCGAAAUUCAAAGAUUGACAGAAGUGGAAGAUUGGAGGCAUAUAGAUACCAAAUCAAAUCCCGCGGAUAUAAUUUCUCGGGGGGCAGGCCCUUCGGAAGUUAUUAAUUUAGCACUUUGGUGGGAAGGGCCUGGUUGGCUAAAGUUAGACGUGGAGGAUUGGCCCAAAUCGUCAGUUCAGAGCAAUGCAUUACCGGAACUACUAGCGAAUACCGUUGUAAUAAAAUCGGAAUCAUCAAUGUUGGAUGCCUUGAUUGCCAAAUAUUCAAAAAUUCAGAAGUUAGUACGAGUGCGGCAGGAAUUUGGCAGCGAUAUAAGGCAGCUCGAAAAGUCGAAAUCUCUACCUACCAACAGCAGGUUAUUGCCAUUAAAUCCGUUUCUCGACGACGAACAUAUACUACGGGUAGGCGGGCGUUUGAAGAACGCGAAUUUAGCAUACGAAUCAAAACAUCCAUUAUUGUUGCCUAAGGGCCACGCGAUUACAAGGCUCAUUAUCCGAAACGAACAUGUUAGAAAUAUGCAUGCCGGAGUUCAAGCGACUCUAUACGCAGUUAGAAGUCAGUUCUGGCCUAUAGCGGCAAAGGCCACCACUCGAGAUGUUAUAAACAAAUGCACAGUAUGUUGGAAGGCUAAGCCUUCUGUGCCUGAAGCUACUAUGAGCGAUCUCCCCAAAUCGCGAGUUCAAAUAUCAAGGCCAUUCACGCAUUGCGGAGUCGACUUCGGAGGCCCGUUCCUCAUUAGAGAACAUAAGAGGCGUAACGCGAAACUAAGCAAGGCGUAUAUUUGUAUCUUUGUUUGCUUCGCCACUAAGGCGGUGCAUAUAGAGUUAGUUGCCGAUUUAUCUUCUGAGUCCUUUAUGGGAGCUCUUAAGCGAUUCAUAGCGAGAAGGGGCAAGGUCGCGUGUAUGCACUCCGACAACGGAACAAAUUUCGUGGGAGCCGCUAGGGAGCUUAACGAAUUACACGAUUUCUUUAUCAAGGAACAGAUACAGCAUAAGAUAAACGAAUUUUUUGUCGAGCAUAGAAUAGAAUGGAGAAAUAUUCCACCAAACGCGCCCCAUUUCGGGGGACUUUGGGAGGCCGCCAUAAAGUCGGCGAAAUAUCAUAUGAAAAGGAUAAUCGGGGAUGCAGCAUUAAAUUAUGACGAAAUGACGACGGUACUCGCGGAAAUCGAGGCUAUAUUGAAUUCCCGUCCCAUCAGUCAAUUAUCGAACGAUCCGAACGACCUGCGCCCAUUGACUCCCGGUCAUUUUUUGAUAGGAGAUGCGUUAAACAGUUAUGCUCACCCGGAUAUUACUCUUACCAAAAUCAAUCGUCUUUCGCGUUGGCAAAGGGUCGAGCAAUUGAGACAGCAUUUUUGGCAGAGGUGGAGCCUUGAGUAUCUAAACCAAUUGCAGGGUAGAUCAAAGUGGAGAAUGAAUAAAGGGAAAAAAAUCAAGGCUGGACAAGUAGUUUUGGUUCAAAAACCGGGUUUGGCGCUAUUUCAAUGGUUGUUAGGUCGCAUCGAAAGUGUUAACGAGAGUGCCGAUGGCAUCGUCCGAUCGGCAGUUAUUAAAACUAAUCACGGAUUGAUUGCUCGACCCUUGACCAAGUUAUCUGUGUUGCCAACCGAUCUAAAUACAUAA